CGGUGCCGCGGGGGCUGGCCGUGCCCCGCGGAGAGGAACCGGGAGCGGCAGGACGCCGAGCUCCGCCAUCCACCAGCGACCAUGCAGCUCCUGCCGCUGCUCGCCUGGACGCUGCUGCCAGGCUGCUGGGCGGCGGUGAGGGGUCCCGGCACCGUGUGGGGAUUCGUGGGGGGGUCCCUCUCGGUGAACUGCACGUACCAGCGCGGCAAUGAGAUGAAGCCGAAAUUCUGGUGCUCUCCGACAAGCAUGAUUUUUACCUGUGGUGAUGACAUCGUCAUCACCUCGAUGCAUCAUCCGGAGGUGCGGCGGGACCGAUUCUCCAUCCGGGACAAUCGCGCACGGCGGGUGUUCACGGUGACGGUGGAGGGCCUGACCGAGCGGGAUGCGGGCAUCUACCGCUGCGGGGUGCGAACAGAGUUUCCCCGGGCUGACAAGAGUGAUGAUGUGGAGGUGAUCGUGUCCCCAGCUCCUUCUUCCCCCACAUCAUCGUCCCAUUCCCCAACCACCAAGCACCCCAGCUUCACUAGCUCUGUAUCAGUCCCCACGUGGACAACUCCCCAGGGAAAAACUGUGCCACCAGGAUCUAAUCCCCGCCUCCACAACGACCACUUGGACGUGGUCAUGCACAUCCUCACUCCAUGCAUCGCAGUGGUUCUUCUUUUGCUUGCAGCUGCUGCUGGGGUUUUGGUAAUAUUGUCCAGGAAGAGGAAGAAGGCCCUCUCCGGAGAAGCUGUAGAGAUGGACGGGAUACACAGCGCAUCACAUACGGGAGCGGACAGCUUGAACUAUGCGGACAUUAACCACCGUGCAGGCACAGCCGAGAGCCACUUGUACAGCAAUGCCGAGGCUUUCCGCCGCUCGGCAAACACUGUGACCGAAUACAUGGCGGUCAAGCACAGCAGUAAGCAUUUGGAAGAGGAGAAAGAAGUUACAUAUGCCAGAGUGUCGCGGUCCCAGCAGCCGGAGCAGCAGGAGAUCUACGCCAACGUGCCAUCAGCCCCACUGCCCAGAGGAGAGCCCUACAGCACAGUGCGGAGCGUGUGAGCCGGUCCCUGGCCCCGCGGGCUGCUCCUGUGGCCACCAGUGCCAGCGGGACACGCUCGGAGGGUUGGGCUGGCUUCUCGCUUGGGCAGGAGCCGGCUGGACAGUGGAGCUGCUGCUCUCAUAGGCUCAGACGUUUCCUUGGAGCAACCUCAAAGAGCAGGAGGUUGAGCAGGAGACACGGAGCAGGAUGAGGAUGAAAUCGUCCCCCUGCAUUUGGAGACCUCACCCAUACAGUGCCCAGGCAGAUAAAAAGAAAUAGCCCUUGCAAUGGGGUAGCCCAGGCCAGAGACCGGCCAGGCAGGGUGUGGAAGAGCCCAGCAGUGGGUGGGCUACCUGGCUUCGUGCACCCAGAGCCAACCCCGCUUGCCCCUUUUGGCUGUGUUUUUCACAUGGACUGGGACUUCCCAAACUUGCUUCUCUCCUCAGACUGACUUCUUUUCAGGCUGAUGCCAUCAGGCAGAGCUGGCAGCUCCCGGGAAGCAGGGCAGCGAGAAGUAUUACAUCCAAAUGCAUUUGUUAUAUCCAAACACUGACUCUCCGUGCAAAUAGGGUCUUGGUGCAAAGGAGGCAGCAGAGGUGCUCUUGUCCCUCCUGCGUGGCUGCUGGGAAGCUGCUCCCCCAAACCCCCUGGUCCCACAGUCCCCAGGGAGGUUUGCUCCUGCUCUCUCCCCCCCCCACCACCCCCAAGGACCCCUCGGCUGGGAGCACAUGGGCGGGCUCUUCUCUGCUUUGCUGAUAGUUUAUUUUCUUCUGUGUGAAGUAUUCCUCCUUUAUCAGUGACAGCAGCUGAGAAUCUGAUAGGGUCUAGCGCCGCGUUCGGCUGUGUUUGUACAGCAAUUUUCCACCUCACUAAAGGGUUUCUUUGCAGACUGUCACCCCCAAAGCGGGUCCGGCCCCUCGCUGCUGCCCAGGCGGACUCCAGCAGCGUGGGAACCCAGAUCGUUAAGGGGAAGGACUCUGCUGCUCCCGCAUGGACCUGCACAUUGUCCUUCCUCUUUCCCAGCCCCACUGCUGGGACACCGGUCCCCACGGGAUGUCCCACGGGGCCGCGCUUUGGGCAUCCUCUUGCCCCCUGCGUGCUGGUACCCUCCUCUGUGCAUAUUCCCUCUGCUCCUGCCUAGUGCCGGGCAAUUCAUCCAUCGUGACAACCCGCUCCCCCGAAAAACAGGUCACGGGGGUGGGCAUCUAUUUGUGAGGCCGAGCUGGGUGUAUUUCAAGGCUUCGUUUGGAGAGAAUUCGUUAACUUGGUUAACCGCCGCAAAGCUUUGUUUCGGUAUUUUUGUAAUUGUUUUAUGCAAGAAGCCACGUGGAGCAUCCCUGCUCUGCCAUAAACCAAAGGCAGCUG